CGCCUUCCUCCGUCCCGCCAUGGCCCUCCGACCCGCGCACGAAACAAAGCACGUCCCGUUACUGCAUUACCCCUUCCGGAGCCACAUAUUUCAUCUCCUUCAGCUUGACAACGGUGCCACCAAUGGCACCGGGCUUUGGCUCGGCGCGCAAUGCCUGUCCUUGUAUCUAUCCGACCUGCUCAAGAACAAAUCAUCAACGUCGACCUCCGGCUCUUCUCCCGGUGCGAAACGCCCUAUUAGAGCCAUCGAACUAGGAAGCGGCGUUGGUCUCACCGCGUGCGUUGUAAUCGCCGCUUAUCCUGGUGCUCGCCCACAUAUGUUCUCCAUCGUUCUGAGUUGCUCGACCGAUUCCUAGCCUUGCACUAGCAUCUAUGGGCUGGGACGUGAUUGCAACCGACCUACAAGAUGUCAUUUCAUCCGUCCUUACUCCCAACAUUUCUCGCAAUCGUGCGCAUCUACCUUCAGGGUCUGGCGCUAUCGAAGCUCGCGUUCUCGACUGGACCGUACCUCCUGACCAAUGGCUGUGGGAUGAUCCCAAGACCAUUGCCUCGCAGCAGCUCGAGAAGCCGUCUAACGCAGGACAGCAUAAUCCAAUUCUAUUACAAC